AAGCCGGUAAAAAACAAAGCACGAAGGAACGACAGAGCGGCAAAAGUCUCUUCCUGUUUUUGGUCUGACGCCAGGUUCCUUAUGCAGACUUGACUUCAGCUUCCAUCACUGCAGAGGUUUUUAUUUAUUUACAAUUUUUUAAUAUUUAUUUCCUCAGUUACUCGGAUAAAAAACAACGGCAUGGAGCAUGAAAACGUUACUUUAAACGGUGUUACCAAGAAGAGAGACAACUACCUGGAGUGGCCAGACUACUUCAUGGCCGUGGCCUUUCUGUCGGCCCAGAGAAGCAAAGACCCGAGUUCACAGGUUGGUGCGUGUAUAGUGAACCAGGACAAUAAGAUUGUUGGUAUUGGUUAUAAUGGGAUGCCAAACGGCUGUGAUGACGACCUGCUGCCAUGGUCCAGAUGUGCUGAAAACAAGCUGGACACAAAAUAUCCAUAUGUGUGUCACGCUGAACUCAACGCCAUCAUGAAUAAGAACAGCGCUGACGUGAAGGGCUGCAGCAUGUAUGUGGCGCUGUUUCCCUGCAAUGAGUGCGCUAAACUCAUCAUCCAGGCUGGUUUAAAGGAGGUGAUCUACCUGUCAGACAAAUACCACCACACACCAGAGAUGACAGCAUCCAGGCGUCUGUUGUCCAUGGCAGGAGUUCACUUCAGACAGUAUCAGCCAAAGACAACAGAGAUCGUCAUCAAUUUUAACUCCAUCAACGGCUUGGGAACAGCAAAUGGCACCAUCCAGUGAAAGAGGACAGAAGCACUAGAUGCAGAAAUGGAAUCCAAAGAUGUUUUUUUUUUAAUGCAUGACAUGCUUUUAAAUCUGUGAGUUGUGACCCAGAUAUGAAUCAUGGUACACACAGACAUGGUGGUACUAAUUGGUGAUUUUUUUUUCCUGCUUCAGUUGUUUUUACUGAUUCAAGUUUUAAAUUAAACCUUCAGACCUUG